CCAGAGCCCGAACUCCUCCUCUCCGUCCUUCUCUGGGUUCGCAGAAGCAAGGGGGGCAGGAGCCCCUUUCGUUUCUUCUGUUUCGCGAACCCCAAACGGGGCCGACCUCCCGUCUCCCUUCCUCUCUCCCGGGGCUGCUGUUCGCGAGCCCUAGAGAAGACCGACGCCAGCCUCCUCCGUCACCUUUGGGUUGGACAAGGCCGACUCCCUGCUCCCGUAAGCCCUAGUUCUCGUCCGUCCCUAGUUACUGAAACUUCUUCUCCGAUCCUUCUUCCCGCAGAGAGCAAGGAUACUUUCAGCAGAUCUCUAUUCGUAGUUGGAGAAAUAGGUGGAAAUGAUUACAACCAUGGUUUCCUACAAAGUUGGUCCGUUGAAGAAGCCAAAUCUUUGGUUCCUCAUGUCAUCAACACAAUUAGUACGGCAAUUAAUGAUUUAAUUGAUAUGGGGGCAAAAACUUUGUUAGUUCCUGGAAACUUCCCAGUAGGAUGCAUAGCAGCAUUUCUCACAUACUAUGAGAACUCAAAAGUAGAAGACUACAAUACGAGCACAGGCUGCAUUAAUUGGUUGAACGAGUUCUCAGAGUAUCAUAAUAAUAUUCUCAAGCUGGAGCUCAAUCGUCUUCGCUAUAUUCACCCCCACACCACCAUUAUUUACGCUGAUUACUUCAAUGCAGUUAUGAACAUCGUUAGCCCUGCAAAUAGCACAAGGCUUGAAAGAGUACCUUUAGUUGCAUGUUGUGGUAGCGGCGGUGGUCGAUACAAUUACGGAAAGAACACAAGUUGUGGAAGCGAGAAUUCAACCGUGUGCGAUGACCCGUCGACUUAUCUUAGCUGGGAUGGCAUGCACUUUACAGAGGCAACAUAUAAGUCCAUAGCCAAGGGAAUCCUGGAAGGGCCUUUUGCUGAUCCUUCUAUCAAUAAGGCAUGUAGUUCUUCCAAUAUUGGAUAUGUGGUAAAAGAACUUGCAAUUAAUGUUUCCAAAGCAGAUUAGAGGAGAAAAUUUUGUAUAAAAAAUGUAUGUACGUACUAAGGGAUCCUAUUGCAGUAA